AGCUGCCCGCUGCAGCCCUGCCUGACUGCCUGCCAUUCUUCAGGGCUGGCACCAGCUCCCCCAGGCUCCAUGGUUCACCCUGGCCCCAUUGCUGGGGUGGGGGGGUGCUGGCAGGGAAUGGGCAGAGUUCCCGUACCCUGCCCUACUUGGGCACACUGCCUCUGGUCUCACCUGGCGCUCAGCUCGCCUGGCUGGGGCUCUGGGACCACCAGCAUGGUGGGGAGCCAGGCCCACCCCAGGCUGUGGGGUUGGCACUAGUCCCCAGGAGCACUGCCCAGUCCCACCUGUUGCGUCCUCCACUCACAGGAUUUGCUGUGGGGCAGCUGGGGCUGGCGGAAAGUGGUGGCCUCCAGCAUGGCCACAGCUGUCCUCACUGAGCAGUCCUGGGAAACUGAGGCACAGAAUGGCUGGGGGGGCACUGUGGGAGUAGGGCAUGAUGGUGGGGCUGCAGAAUCGGGUCCGCUGCACUGCACAGCGAGGGGGGCAGGUGGCCAAACUCCCCUAAGGCAGCCAGUGUCAGUGAGGGCCAGAGGCAUGGGAGCGGGAAGGUCAGAGAGAGCGUCCAGCCUGGCAGCGAGGGAUUAGCGCUGUCCUUGCUGUGUCAUGCGGCCCUGGGCCCAUUCCCCGCCUAAUCCCCUCAUUCUGGGCAGCUGGCCAGUUCUGGGCAGGGGCACCAGACCCCUCCAGCUCUGCCUGGGCUGUGAGGGGCAGAGCUGCCCCUUUGGUCCCACCAUGCCUCUUGGGGGGACUCAGUCCUUCAGCAGGUCACCCAGCCUGGCUCAGCACUGUGCUGAAACAGGGACCAGGGAGUUUUGGUGCCUCCACUACAGGCAGAACUGAGAGCCAGCAGGGAGAUUGAGGCACCAGGGUCAGUGGCUUGCAGUGCCACUCCAGAGCUGUGCCAUGGCUGUGGUGUGCAAGCAGGAUCCCAGCACCAGAGGAGAAGCAGCAGGCAGAGGGUGCUGGCCCCGCAAGCAGCUGUUGAGGCGGAAUGGUGCUGGUGCUGGCACUGUGGGCCUGCCUGGCACUGGGCACAGCCAGUGAGGAGAGCCUGGCACCUGAGCCCCUGGCAGGCGGGCAGCCCUUUGCCGUGGUGUGGAACGUCCCCACCGAGCGCUGCCAGCACCGCUUUGGCAUAGGGCUGCCUCUCAGCGACUACAGCAUCGUGGAGAACCAGGGUGGCCACUUUGCCGGCCAGAACAUCACCAUCUUCUACAAGAACAAGUUUGGGCUGUACCCCUACCUGUCACAGCACGGUGUCCCCCAUAACGGGGGCCUGCCCCAGCGUGUUUCCCUCGACGCCCACAUCAGCAGGGUGGCCGAGGACAUCCGCCUCCUCCUGCGACCUGCUUUCCAUGGCUUGGCCGUGGUGGACUGGGAGGAGUGGAGGCCCUUGUGGGCCCAAAACUGGGGAGCCAAAAGGAUGUACCGGGCAGCCUCAGAGGAGUGGGUGCGGGAGCAGCACGGCUUCCUGCCGGCACGGCAGCAGCUGCGGCUGGCCCAGCUGGAGUUUGAGCGGGCAGCACAGGCUCUGAUGGAGGAGACUCUUCUGGUGGGCCGAGCCCUGCGCCCUGGGGGGCUCUGGGGUUUCUACCGCUUUCCCGACUGCCUCAACAGCAACUGGGCCAAGGAGACAAACUACACCGGGCAGUGCCAGCCGGCGGAGGUGCAGCGUAACAACCGUCUGGGCUGGCUGUGGGCCGCCUCUUCUGCCCUGUACCCCAGCAUCUACCUGCCACUGGCGCUGCCGCCCGCCCUGCGCCGCCGCUACGUGCACCACCGGCUGCGCGAGGCCCUGCGCGUGGCCGCCCUCGGGACCCACGGCCUCCUGCCCGUGAUCGCCUACUCCCGCCUCUCCUUCCGCCGCUCCUCCCGCUUCCUGCAGCUGGCUGACCUGGUGCACACCAUCGGGGAGAGCGCGGCACUGGGAGCAGCUGGACUCGUGCUCUGGGGGGACCUGUCGUACUCCCACUCGGCUGAAAGCUGUGCCGACCUGCGCCACUAUCUCGUGUCCACCCUGGGUCCCUACGUGGCCAACGUGACGGCAGCAGCCCGAGAAUGCAGCUAUGGGCAGUGCCACGGGCACGGGCGCUGUGUGCGCCGGCAGCCCCACGAGCUGGGCAGCCUCCUGCACCUUGGCCCCGGUGCCAGCCCGUGGGCUGCUUUCCGCUGCCACUGCUACCGUGGCUGGGCAGGGAAAGGCUGUGCCCAGCGGGUAUGGCUCAGCCCUGCUACCUCCUGCCAGGUGCCUGCCCACGCUCACAGCCUCUAUGGGUACAAGGAUCUCACAUCCUCUGACACCUGCCUGCCACAGGGCACGUGGGGCUGGUGACAAAGGCCAGGGACCGCCAUGGUCCCCUACCCCAGCAGUGCUGCUGCUGGCACUUUCUAUGGUCUCAUUAAUCUAAAUAAAUUCUCCUGGCACA